UUCUUCUCUACCGCCCUUGUGAAAAACCCUCCUCCACACUUAUCAAAUAGGUUAGUUUCUGAGUCGAAUUUAUCCAGACUUUUUAUUUGAUUACACAUCAGUCUGUAAUCACAUACCAGUAAAUCAUUCAUAGUAAGAAAUCCCGUAUAUUGUUUCAUUUAAAUGUGGAUUAUAUAAAUAGGGCUCUUCACGAAGGAGGACGAGGGGAUCGAGGGACGCCGCCAUAUUUGCUCUUGCUAGCUAGUGCACUACAAGAUACGGGCUUUGUUUCGAGUACCCUUCAAUUUAGUACACUUGUAUUUGAUCAUGAUGGAAGCAAUGGAUAAAAGACCUUUUGGUGCAGAAUAUAACUAUAAAAGUAAGUGUUAUGGUAUUGCUAACAAUGAAUGUCGUUCUCAAAUAUAAUGUUAAUAUUGUUAAUGUUAACCAUAUUCGUUUGCGACGUCGCUGAGUUGGGGUCUGUCAAAGUUAUGCGUGUGCUGAUGGAUUAACAUUGUUUUAUUUUUCCCCAAUAAGUGUCGGAAAAUGACAUAUCCAGAUUGAUCAAAUUGCGUGCAACGAAUGACGCCAUCUUCACUGGGAAGAGAAACUCUGCCAUGCCUGCCUGGAGGUGAGUGAUACAAUGAUGCUCAAGUGAAUGUUCUGUUUGUUGGCAUGAUAAUCCCAGCACAAUUUGUUUUGGCUUUUGUUUGUACCUCAAAAUGAACUGUCACAUGCCAUUUUGUUGACUGUAAUGGAUGUUUGAGGACAAAAUAUGUAUCCAUUUAAUUCAUGAAUCAAUGUUGAUUCACUGAUGUGCUUUUACUUACAAUGUUAUUUGAAAAAGGACUAUGCGAAAGUCAUUGUGUUAAGUAGGAGCUGGUUAUGAAGAUCAAACCCUAUUUGUAGUAUCUGACUUGUCUCACUUUGAUUCUGCAGAGCAAUGUUAGUGGAGUUGGGUCUCGAAGGAAAGCUUACAACCGGGCAGUUGAAAAAGAAGUGGGAAAACCUUAAAAAGAAAUAUAAGGUAAUGAUUAUGAAUGCAUGUGAGAGCAGGCAACAGCCUUCUGUUUGAAUUCACUAUUUUAAACACCGAUUCCAGGCUUUUGUUCCAGCUCAGUACUAACCCAGUUCAACUAAUCAACGGCUCAAUGAUGUGUUGAAUCAAGUGUGUCAUAAGGCCUGCCUGGUACAAACUCCUGCAGACCCAAGACCAAUAUAGAGCAUUAACCUGAUUGUACCCAUUGUCCCUUUUCUGUGUAGGAUUUUAAGUACCCUCCUCUUGGCAUGGAGAAAGUCAAUCCAAUGUCCUGGCGUUGGUUCCACCUCAUGGACGAUGCCAUUGAGGGCCGCCUAGCUGGGUCUGCCCGUAUCUUAAACCCUUCACUGUUUGAUUUUGGGGAAGUUGGGGACGUUUCAUUUGCGUCCUCUCCCACUACCUCUCCCAUAGCCAACAAGAGACUAUGUAUGAGGCCGGAGGGGGGUGAGGGGACAAACAUUUUUGAGUUCUGGGCCAAGGCACAGCUGGGGGAGAGUGUUGGUGCUGCGAACACGGUAACAGAUGGACAGGUGGCAUACACAGACGCAGCUACAGAGGAGAUCCGGAGGGCAGCGGUGGAGUGCGAGAGGGCCCUGCGAGAGGAGGGCAGGGGUGCAGCUCAGAAUGAGAGGGCCGCGCCUGACAAGAUGCCAGUGGGUGGGUAUGGGAGGACCAUGGCUGAGGACGUAGAGACCAUAGCUGAAGACGGAAGAGCCAUGUUGGUGAGAAACCCUGGCAGGAACAUUGAGAGGGAGACUGCUGAACUAGAGAGGCAGAUAGCAGAUUUGGAGAAGGAGCGAGAAGUGUUAGAGAGGGAGCAGGCAGACUUUGACAGGGAGAGGUUGAUACUGGACAGAGAGAGGGAUGUAGUGAACAGAGAGAGGGUGGCUGUUGAGCGAGGCAGAGCGUCACUAGACAAGGACAGGGCAGCGAUGGACAGGGAGCGAGCAGCGAUGGAACGGGAGCGAGCCAUACUGGACAGGGAUAGGGCGUCAAUCGAGAGAGAGAGGGCAGAGCUGCAGAAAGAAAAGGAAGCCCUAAUGAAAAACAAGAUUUCCAGGAACAACGGCUCUGCUGAUGUGGAACUGGACUCAACCACUAUAGAAAAGAGAGAGAAACUGCUUUCCAUAUUUGAGAGACUUGUUGAUAAGCUGUGA